CUGCAGACACCUGUUCCAUAAGAGCUGCGUGGACCCCUGGCUGCUGGACCACCGGACCUGCCCCAUGUGCAAGAUGAACAUCCUCAAAGCCCUCGGCAUCGCUCUGAACGCAGACUGUCUGGAAGACCUCCCUCUGGACUACGACCUGACCGUGGGGGGGGGCGGGGGGGGCGCUGGCUCUGGAGGCCGUGGUGUCGGGGGGGUCGAGCGACGGGACCCUCAGUGAGGGGGGGGGACUCCUCCGUGCUGCUGGACCCCGGGGUCAGGAGGGUUGGACUGCCUCAGGACUACCAGGACCCUCUGAGAGACAGCCCUAUUACCAUGACUACUGACACACUCACAGGCGAUCUGCAGCCGAUGGCGAGCAGCUCCGUGGCGUCGCUGGUCAUCACCGUGGAGACGGGUCUGUCGGACGAGGAGGGGUCCGGGGAGCAGAACCAGCUGGGGGAAAAGUCCUGAGAGGAGCCGAACCAGAACCAGAACUCAGUGAUUAGGUUCAGAUUAAACCCUCCGGAUAACAAAGAUUAAAAAGGAGAUUCAACGGUUUGUUGAGACGGACUUAUUUGGGAAGGAAACUCUUUAAAAGCUCUGACUUUUGACUGAAGUUGGGAACUAAAACCAGAACCAGAGUUUGGGGUUUUCUCUUUGGACCUGGACCCCUUUCUGACUAGACUUUGAACAGGUUGUUCCCAGUGUGGAUACACCUGUGAGUGUUGGUUUGAAUCUGGACUCAGAGGACCUGGUUUGGAUUCCCUUUCAGAGUCUCUUUCUGGACGCUUGGCGGGUUUGGAACCAGAACUGGACCUGGGUUGUAUCCAUUGCGUUCACUUGGAUUUACCACGUGUUUCCCGACUGGAAUAUAUAACUCUAGAUGUGUCCAAAAACGUAUUUCCUGGUCCUCUAAAUUUCAUUUUAAAUACGGUGGACGUUCGUUACUUAACGGACCUAACGAGGGUCGGACGGGAUUCACACUGGGCCACGUUUUAACUCUUCGGUAUUCGUGAAAAGAGGGUAAAAUCCGGAGGAAGUCGGCGGCCAAAAAGGUUUAUCCUUCAUCAGAAACACUGGAGGAUCUUUGAUGGAGGACUACAAACACCACGUUGAGUUUAAAAAAAGGCGAGAACUCUAGAUUUGUUUCUCCCGCUCUCUGGACCUUUUUGUGGAACAUUCUGUUACCUGGUGUUUCCAGGUCGGACAGCUUAACAGAAGCCCCUCGUGGAGGUUUGAUUCUGGUUGUUAUAGCUCAUUUUGAUUUGCCGGCCAACAAUGUCUUGAGGCCUUUUACCUUGAAAGGACCCGGCAGUGAAUCCGGUUUGUUUUGCCGACUCGUCGUGGCAGUAUUACAGCUUCAGUGACUGCAGUAUUGAAUUGAAGUUCUCACAGUAUUUUUGUUUCUCUUUCUGCCUGUUUAAUUCAGGCUCCUCUAUCUUCAGAAGAACUGACAGUAUUCGGGUUCUGGCAAAAGCUCUGUACAAAAUAAUAUAAGGUGUGAGAGUGAUAGUACAGAUAAUAACGACUUUAAAGCACAGAUGGAAAUAAGUGUUUGAAACUUUACACAAAUCCUGCAGCUUGGGUCUUAAUGUCGGGAGAAAUGCCACGAUAAUGGAGGACAUUAUCAAUAAUUACUUUCUCUAAUUACGUCAUUUAAAUAGAAACAAACAUCCCUGAGGCUGGGCAGACACUGCAUGCUUAUAUUGUUGUUGUUAUUUUAACGAUACACAAAAAACGUUAAUCCUCGAUGCAAAGCUAUUGCUAAAGCUAACUUAAAAACCCUAGUCGAUUUUGUCAAGUGACAAUUCCGAUCAAGUUUAUUUAAACUAGGGCUUAAUCGUAAUUAUAUCAGAAUUGUAAUACGGGCUAUUGCAAUAUCCAAAAAGUAGAAAGUGCAAUAUUUGAUGAAGACAAAAUAUGUGAAAACACAAUAAUUACAGAUCAUUGUUAAAAAUAAAAUUGUGAUAAUUUUAAUGUAUUUUUCAAUAAAAAUGGGAAUAAAGACGCUGUAAUCUUCAUUCCCUCACAUAUCGUGAAUCCCAUCGCAAUUGCAAUGAGUCAAAAAUUAUCGUAAAUUAAAUAUUUAUUCAGUUAAAUACAGUCCUAAUUUAAAUACGAUAUUUUUGUCUUCAGCUACGAACAUUUCCAAAAAUGAUCAAAAAAAUACUACUUUAAAUGUAAUAUAACGUACAGUUUAUAAACGACAAUUUGAAGCUAGCCAUAUUGGAAUUUUGUUGUCGUAAAUAUCAGAAGUACGCCGAUGUGUCAUAAUCGGCAAAUCUGGCAAAAAAAAAUUAAAUGUUACGAGUCGGAAGUGACGAUUAAAAUCCUGGUUUAUCUAUGUAGUGUCUGCCUGGCUAAAGAAAGAGUUAGCGUUAAAAUACCACGUAGGAAUAUUUAAAAAAAAAACGUAAAACCCUUUAGCGUUGUUUUGUUUUUCUGUCCGUCCGUCUGCCAGCCUCACGCUGCCUUAAAAAAAAAAAACACAUUUAAACACUGACAAUCAAAUAUCCGAUCUUUCGCUCGUGACUCUACGAUCUUUUUCUGAACCUUCGCCACUAAACGGUGUUCGCUGCCAUUUCCAGAGUUCAAAUGCCACCAAAGCAAUGUGUGAAAGACGAGGAAAAGUCGGAGAUAGUUUAGCGAAGAAUCCCUCCCUGUAGGGGCUGCACAAUUUACCGGGAAUUUACCGCAAUUCCGACUCGUACGAUAUCAACAUACGCUAUAUUUGGUUAGCUCCAACAAUGUGCCGUCAUAGCAUUCGGAAAAUAAGUUUUGUGGUCCUGACAUACGAAAAAAUAUUUGUACCAUGAUUAUUUUAGCAUAAAUAGAAAAUCCAAUAACGUUAAAAAUCGCAAUUACGUAUUUUCCCCUAAAUUGUGCGUCCCUAUUUCCCCCCACGUUAGCCGUUAGCAUGUAAAUAUAAAAUGUAUAUUCCACACGUUCGCCGGCGCCAAGAGAGAAAGAGAUUGUCGUCUAUUUUGAUACCAGAGGAGACGUUUUAUUUUUGUAACGAAGACCCCGAGCAGCAGAGACUGACCCCCCCCCCCCCCCCCCAAUGAGAUUGAUUGUUAUUUUAAGUGUUGAGUAUUUGUGUAAUUGUACAUACAGAUGACGUUUGCAAUACGAAUCUAAAAUAUUGUAAUUUGAGUUUUAUUUGUUUUGAAGCCUGAUGAAAUCUGAGAGAAUGAAGGCUGGAGAAUGUUUUUUAUUUUAAGGACGUAAUUCUCAACAUUGAAUUGUGUUCAAGACCUUUUUUUAAAGCUCUGCGUGUACAUAGCGUUGUUUUUCAGAUCCUCCGUGAUUUUGAACGAUGACAAUCCGCCUCUAAAUCUGAAAAUACUUAAUAAUAGUAAUUAAAGGUUUAGUAAAUCACUACAAAAACUAAUUUCCCAUUAAUCGAACGUGAGACCCUCGUGUCACUGCCAGUAAUGACGUCUGAUUGGUUGUUUUCUCUUGCCUCUCCUCACAGCUCAUUGGCUGUUCUCUCUGGAUGCUGUUUUCUGAUUGGUUGAUGCACUUUAACUCUGUUUCUCUUUAAGGAUCUGGAAAAAAGUCUUUGAUUUUCUAAUUUCUUCCUUCCUAUUUUCACUCACAUUUUGUGCGAUGGUGUUAAAAACGUUGUGACUGAUCUGGAAAAUGUUUUUUUUUUAAUAAUACUUCCAUGUGUCUGUUGUCCGACUGCCAUGUAUUGUAAUGUAUGCUCUUCCCUUGUAAUCCAGCUGGAAUUUUACAGUUUAAAAAAGUAGCCAAAAAAACCUGACAUAAAGCCAAUAUUAUUUUGUCGAAUUGAAUUAAUCUUCUUUAAUUUAGCGUUACAAAAACAGAGAUAUCCGUGAGAAACAAAAACCUCCGUUCCUCCCAGAGAGACGGAGAAAGUUGAGGUGUCAGUAGCCAUGCUAACCGCUAAGCUAUGUGACGGCAGGGUGCGAAAUGUUGUCGUGUCUCUGCGAUUUUUGUUAUCGUUUUACGAAGCGUCCGUAUGUGUGGUUGUCCUGUGCACGCUAACACAAAACACACACACGUGUAAAUACGCCAUGUUGUUUCUGUGUUUCAGUUGUUGCACGUGUUCUGAUUCAGGACAGAAUUUAAAUAAAAAUGUAAUUCAACA